AUGAAUCCCUUCGCGAAGAAGCCAACGCCGCGAGAGGCGAUCAGGAACAGCAAGCGGGAGCUGACGAACGCGACAAGAGGUAUUGAGAGGGACAUCGGGACAUUACAACAAGAGGAAAAGAGACUAGUUGCUGAAAUCAAAAGGACUGCAAAAACUGGCAAUGAGGCCGCAACUAAAAUUCUGGCCCGUCAACUGAUCAGGUUAAGACAGAAAAUAUCUACUUUACAAGGUAGCCGAGCUCAGAUUCGUGGCAUCGCGACACACACACAGGCGAUGCAGGCCAACACUUCAGUGUCUGCUGGCAUGCAAAGUGCGAGUAAAGCGAUGGGAGCUAUGAACAAGCAAAUGGAUCCCGCCAAGCAAAUGAAAGUAAUGCAAGAAUUCCAAAAGCAGUCAGCACAAAUGGAUAUGACGAACGAGAUGAUGUCAGACUCAAUCGACAAUGUCUUAGACGAUGACCAGGCUGAGGACGAAACUGAAGAGCUUGCUAACCAGGUGCUCGACGAGAUUGGUGUUGACGUUGCCUCACAGUUGUCCUCGGCUCCCAAAGGAAGAAUUGCUGGAAAGAAGGUUCAGGCUGAUGAGAGGUUCGGAAUUGGAAGAGCUCGAGCAGAGGCUGGCUGCUCUGAAAAAUCCAUAAAGUGA